GUUACAUUGUAUCCCAGUGUCAGGGCUGGCUGUCCAGGCUCCGCCCCGGUCUCCCAUUCUCCCGGCUGCAGUGAUACAGAGCGGUGGAGGCUGUUGCCGCUGCGGCCGGUGUUGGGGCAGUGAUUGUGGCCGGUACCGGAGCCGGUGUCGGUGUCCUGCCCGGGGGGAUGCGGUUGCUGGCCGGGGCCGGGCUGUGCCUGGCGAUGGCCGCGCUGGCCCUGCUGGCGGUGGCUCUGUGCACCGAUCACUGGUACGAGACGGACGCCCGGAGACACCGGGAGCGAUGCUGGAAACCGGGCGGCAAACGGAACGACCCCGGAUACAUGUACACCCCGGGCCAGCACCUCCCGCUGCGGGGGGCCCCCAGGAGCCGGGCCCCCAGGGGCGGGGAGCUCACGCCAAGGGGGGUCCGCCUCAUCUCCAGGGUGGGGGACCCCCUCAUACCUGCCCGGGGGGGCCGAGAGAUCCCCCCACUCCGCCCCUACCUCGCCAUGGACUGCUCCCGCCGCUUCAACUCCACCGUGUCCGGGCUGUGGAGGAAAUGUCACCGGGAGGGCUUCGACACGGACACCGAGGGGUUAAUAGCCAGAGGUAACGGGGGAGGGGGGGUACAUUAUAAUAUUUAUAGGGGGAGAGGGGGUACAAUGUAAUAUUAAUAGGGGGGAGAGGGGGUACAUUAUAAUAAUGAUAAUAUUAAUAGGGGGUACAAUAUCAUAAUAUUAAUAGGGGGAGAGGUGUACAAUAAAAUAAUAAUAUUAAUAGGGGAGAGGGGGUACAGUGUAAUAAUAAUAGGGGGAGAGGGGGUACAUUAUGAUAUUAAUAGGGGGAGAGGGGGUACAGUGUAAUGAUAUUAAUAGGGGGAGAGGGGUACAAUAAAAUAAUAGGGGAGAGGUGGUACAGUGUAAUAGGGGGAGAGGGUACAAUAUAAUAAUGAUAGUAGGGGGAGAGCGGGUACAGUGUAAUAUUGGGGUACUGUAUAGUAGGGGGGAGUGGGGGUACAGUAUAAUGAUAGGGGAAGAGGUGGUACAAUAAAAUAAUAUUAAUAGGGGGAGAGGAGUACAAUAUAAUGAUAAUAUUAAUAGGGGGAGAGGGGUACAAUAUAAUAAUGAUAAUAUUAAUAGGGAGAGAGGGGGUACAAUAUAAUAAUGAUAAUAGUAGGGGGAGAGCGGGUACAAUAUAAUGAUGAUAAUAUUAAUAGGGGGGAGAGGGUAUACAAUAUAAUAAUAAUAAUAAUAAUAAUAAUAGGGGAGAGGGGUACAUUGUAAGAAUAAUGAGGGAGAAGGGGGUACAUAAUAAUAAUAAUAGGGGGAGAAGGGUACAGCAUAAUAAUAGGGGAAGAGGUGGUACAUUAUAAUAAUUAGAAGGAAGAGUGGGUACAGUGUAAUAAUAGGGGGAGAGGGUAAAGUGUAAUAAUAAUAGGGGGAGAGGGUAGAGUGUAGUAAUAGGGGGAGGAGGCAGAUUAUUAUAAUAGCGGGCAGAGGGGUACACUGUAAUAAUAAGAGGGAGAGGGGUACAAUGUAAUAGGGGAGAAAAGAGGUACAUUAUAAUAAUAAUGGGGAGGUAGUACACUGUAAUAAUAAUAAUAAUAAGGGAGAGGGUACAAUAUAAUAGAGGGGAAGAAGGGGUACAUUAUUAAAAAAAUAGGGGCAGAGGUGGCACAGUAUAAUAGGGAGAGAUUGGGUACAGUAUUAUAAUAAUAGAGGGAGGGGUUCAGUGUAUUAAAAAUAGGGGGAAAAGGGGCACAGUAUUAUAAUGUUAGGGGGAGAGAGGGGUACAGUUUAAUAGUUGUGGGGGAGAGGGGGUACAGUAUAAUAGUUACGGGGCAGAGGCUGUUCAGUAUUAUUAUAUUAAAAUAAUAGAAGGGACAGGGGUACAGUAUUAUAAUAGUGGGAGAGGGGUACACCAUAAUAAUAAUUAUAAUGGGUGAGGGGUACACUAUUAUAAUAAUAUGGGGAGAGGAGUGUGCACUAUUAUAAUAGGGGAGCACCUGUAUAUUGCAACAUAUAAUAAGGUGUCGCCUGGUAAGCAGAUUAUUAUUAUUACUACUACUACAAGGGGUCACCUGGCUAGCACCAUGUAAUCAUUAUAAGGGGUCACCUGUAUAGCCCUGUAUUAUACUAGAAAGGAUGGGGUUCACCUGUAUACAGUCCUGUUAAUAGUAAUAAGUAGGAACACCUGAUUAGCUACCUAUAAUAUUAACAAAAAUAAUGGGUCAAUAAUAACAAUUAAGAUAAAAAAAAAUUUUUUUGGGGGGGUCAAUUUAGCACCAUAUGAUAACAACAAUAAAAUGGGGAAGGGGGGGAGAGGAGGUAACCUCCAACACCAUAUAUCUGUAAUGUGAAGAUUAGGAUAAUAUGAAUAAGAUAUAAACUGUAUAUAAACACAUGUAAUAAUAUAAUGCAGUCUAUAUAUUGUAUAAUUUGGGGAGUGUACGGAUAUGUAAUAUACUGUGUGUGUCUUCUCAUUCAUUGUAUAUUAAUGUAUCCCUUCUAUAUAUUGACUGUUAUCAAUGGGGUUGAGGUGAUAAAGUUGGUUUUUGGGAGGGUUGUGGGGAAUGAACAUCCAUUCUGGCACUGGAGUAUUGAAUGUCAUGGCUGCAAGGGUUCUAAUGAUGCAAUGUGGUGUGUGUUAAUAUGUAAUAUUCUCUGCAACAAGGAAUGAUCUGUAUAGCUGCAGGGUGUGAUAAUAUGGGCACAUGGCUUGGAAUGUCUCUAUGUGGGGUGUGAUUGUGUUUCUGUUUUCUGUUGGAACAUUACAAUCAGGUGUAUAAAUGGUACAUGGCUUAAAAACAAGAGAAUACCAUUCCUCUGAUUAUUUGAUUAUCAUACAAAGAGUUGUUUUUAAUUGGGGGAGGGGGUGUAAGUCUCUUAAAGCUGAUCUGGUCUGUCUAGGCUAAUUGCUCAGAUUGGGGAUUCAUUACCUUCUAGUGAUCAGAGUUAAUAGAUCUAUAAUGGGGAUGGGGGGUGAAGGGGCCGGCGAGGCCUAGCCCAUGAUGCCACAGCCUCCCAUCUGGUUUGCCUACACAGUACCUGGAUUACAGUCAGCUCUGUGAUGAGGAGGAGGAGGAGGGUUUGAUGUGGGUCAGUGGCCACAAGGGAGAGAUGGGCUUUAGCAGAAACACAUUACAAUAGAGCAUCUUGGCUCCAGACCUGAUUUCUUCUAUAAUUAUUUAUUUGUACAUUCUCCUACACCGCCAGUGCCAGGUUACAUGAAACGCAAAUACCGAAAUCAUAACUAACUAGCACGGAUGCAGGCUUACUGAUAUCUGCAGUGGUGUCCUUGCAUUACUUGAUGGGCCUUGUAGUCCACAAAUCCUAAACUCACAACCUCCGAGAGGUCUCCCAUCUCUUUCUGCUUUUAAUUCAAGGUGAUACGAUAAAAUAAUAGACGAUCAAACAAACGCAAUAGACAUAAACAAGAUAAUAAGCAAUCGUAUUGUUUGUAAACAAUGCUAUUAUUAAAUGUUGUUUGUAAACAGUGUAAUUAGUGUAAUUGUUCAUUAAGGCUUGGAAUUCCCAAAUUAUAUAGGACAGGCAUAGACAACCUUCGGCACUCCAGAUGUUUUGGACUACACCUCCUAUGAUGCUUUGCCAGCAUUGUGGGUGUAAGAGCAUUAUGGGGGAUGUAGUCCACAACAUCUGGAGUGCCAGAGGUUGGCUAUCCCUGAUAUAGGAAAUGUAGGUUACCCCACAAUUAGCGUUUCUGGCUCUAUGGCUCAGGGAUACAUCUAUUCUAACAGAGGGCUGCUUGGCAGUCCCCCGAUCCUUUAUAAUAAGGGAGAGGAUGAAUUGCUAAUUUUGGAGAAUUUAUGUAUUAUGGGGAUGUAUCAGACAUUGUCUGAACCACCCCCCUCCACAUAAACAGUACCAGAAGGGUUAAACCUUUCGCACUGCAGCUUUUUUACUGCAUCCCCUUUUCAAUAUAUAUAUAUAUUUUUUUUUUUAAACCUAUUGUUAAUUGUCUUCUCUCCAACAAUAUGAAUAAAGUAUGACCCUGUGUUAUAAAGUAAAACGUGAAAGAAGGAACUUGGCAGUUAGUCUGAGAGCCUGCAUGCCAUAGAAUCUUAAUGCAGCCACUGUAGUUUGGUGCUGAAUUAGUGAGUUUGCUGGGCUGCUGUCCAUGGUUCUGAAUUCUCUAUGGGCCCUUCCAUCAAAGAUACAUUUUAGAAAGUAACAUGCUCUAGCUAUUUAGAUAGAGGGAAACACUCAUGUCUAUAAAGUUUAACACCGAUACGACAUGUCUAAGAUACGAAUAUAUUCACUUUAACACACUGAUCAUUACUUCUCACUCAGUUUUUUUUAUAUGUAACAUUUUUCUUUUUGUAUUUUUGUAUUUUUUUUUUUCUAAAUGGUGGGAUUUACUCAAAAUUUGCUAAAUUGUGGCUAUGGAUGAAUUAGAGAUUUUAUUUUAAAUGUUACCCCAGUUAUGUUGGAGUAUAUUUUUGAAUUUGGUUACGUGGGCCUAGAAAUGACUAUUAUCUUGUCAGUUCUCUACGAUUAGCAGCUUUCAGAACACACCCCAAUGCUAUUAGGGAAGGAAGGUAUUGAAGGAUUGUAUUUUUAUUUAACAGUAACAUGGAAAUAGUGCAGAUUUCAAUAGAAAUUUACACUUGUAGAAAUCAUACUGGUUACCCCCCCCCCCCCACUACAACUGGUCCUGUUACUUCCUGGUUUGGUCAGCUUAAUGGCACUGAAUUCAAGAGGCAACAGCUGCCCACAGUGCCUGCGUCAAAGACAUCUCAUUGAGCUGAAUUGGGAAAACCUGUAGAUCUCUUGUCUGCAGCGUUUGCAAGCCCUCCCCUUCUAACCCCGCCCAGACUCUCUGUGGCUGUCCAAUCACAUCUCAUUGAUUGGACAGCCACAGAGAGUCUGGGCGGGGUUAGAAGGGGAGGGCUUGCAAACGCUGCAGACGAGAUCUACAGGUUUUGCAUUCUGUUUUUAUAUAUACCCCAAAUGCAUAAUAAAGUGCAUGAAAGCUAAACAGUGAUUUGCAUUUAUUUUGUAUUUGGCCAGUGGAGUGUCCCUUUUAAGAAACGCUAGGGAGAAUAAGAAAAAGAGGGAAAAGCAAACUAUGUUAGUAUUUAAAUAACAUUCCCGUAGUAAAACUCUAAUAUGACUACAGCUGUCCGACAAAGCACAAUAUGCAGGUAUGUAUUUUUCCAAUGACUCUCAGGUAUAAGAAAGAUUGUUGUCAAUGAGCUACUGUGUCAGCAAUGAGUAUUCGAUUUAAGUGAGCAGUACUCAUAAGCUAGCUGAGUGCACACUGAAGUCAGUGGGGAAUCGAUUAUUACAAUUCCAUAUAAACUAGUAAAACAUACACAUUGAUACAAAUUCAUUGUUUAGCUAUCCAUCCAUGGGUUCAUAUUGCAUGUUAACAGUCAGAUGUGCUACUGUACUGGUGAAUUAUGGGAAAACUGGCUUAAUUGGCAUGGAAUUACCUGUCUGUUUAAUAGAACUUCGUUCUAAAGUCAGAGUUUAGCUUAUUACAAUAUACAGAGAUGUAGAUCUGUCCGUCUUUUAGUCUGAUGAAUAGAUGCAUUUAGAUGUAGUUGCAUUCACAGUUUAAAGUGCGGUUGACCUUGUUACUAUUCCAAUGGUAUGAACACUAUUAAAGGGACACUUUAGGCACCCACACCACCUCAGCUCAUUGAAGCAGUACAGUCCAGUGUGUCCCUGCCCCCCUUAGUCAUACAAUGUAAAUCACUGCUGUUUUUGAGAAACUGCAGCUGAUUACAUUGCGGGACUAAGACCGCCCCUAAUGGCUGUCAAUCAGACAGCCACUAGAGGCACUUUUUUGGUUAAGCAAAUUUUGGUCACCAAACUGAUGUUGGACGUUCUCACCCUCUGCAUGAAGACGUCCAGCGUCUCUUAAAUCCCCAAAGGAAAGCAUUGAAACAAUGCUUUCCUGUGGGGAGGGCUAAUGUGCCCUUGAUCAUUAUCCCCUCCCCACUCAUCAGAGGAGUCAAAGUACUGACCCAGUGCGAAGGAGAUCAGCACUGGAGUUAGGUAAUUGCUUAAAACAAGUUUUUAACCCUUUCCAUGCCGGUGGCUGGCCACAUGGUAGGGGGCGAAAGCUAUAGUGAAAGGAAUUCCUGUUAUAUUCCUUAUGCUAUAGAGUUUCUUUAAGAUUUUACUUAAUAUUGGCUUUUGGAAAUAUAAGAAAGCUCUAGAUUGUUUGUGUCUGUAUCAUUGCUAUAUAUAAACAUAAAUAAAAAGCCUAAUAGUGACCACUAUGGGCUUGGGUUUAAAAAAAAAACAUUCCCAAAUAUAAUGGUUUAUCUCUAAACUUUCUUACAUCCCUGGAGUUAUUUUGCUAGGUUAAGCAGUUAGUGUUUCUUGAACCAGUCACAUGACUGCAACUCCCAUCCGCACAAAGCUUAGUUUAGCUCUGAUAAAUGGAUUUACUUGGAGAUGUAAUCUUUAACCCGAUAGGGCGAUGAGUUGCAGUACGUAAGCGCUUCAUAUAAAAGAGGAAACUUGGUGGUUUUUUUUAGAUUAACACAUAUAUAUAAACCAGGUAGAGAUGUCGCGAACGGUUCGCCACGAACCGUUCGUGGCGAACUCCAGUCAGCUGACACGUCCCGGCCAAUCUCCAGCAGACCCUCCCUCCCAGACCCUCCCACCUCCUGGACAGCAUCCAUGUUGAAGGCAGUGGUUCGCGACAUCUUCUAAAACCAGGGAACACUGAAUCCCAUUCACAAUGAAAGUGAGGAGAUACUUUUAAUUCGCUGUUACUUGCAUCACUUACAUUAGAAUGUGCUUCUAGACUAAACUGUACGUAAAGAUACAAAAAUCAUGUUUACAGUAGGAAUGUAGACAUAUAGGCAUGAAUCAUUGGUUUAACUGUUUAUGUGCAGGAUGUGAUCUCGUAAAUGUAAAGAAUAUCACAUUCGGUUACAUGUAGAAUACAUCCGGUCAAAAUAGGUCAACAUCUGCUUUUCUUUCCUUCCUGCUGGAGCAGAUACCAUUGCUAACCAGCUAUUAUUCAAUAUAUUUUAUUCCAAUUGGAUGCUAAAAAGCCUUUAGGAGAAUGUUAGAUGCCUAACAGGUAGAUGUGUAAAAAUGCAUUGCAUUAAUAUUUUUUUUUUUUUUGUUAUCCUCGGGAUCCGAUGUAAAACAUCUGGUCUCACUAGACCGCAGUUUAAUGCAGGUUGGCCCCACUGUCUUCAUGAUUGAACAUCGUGGACUUUGUCACAUGCUGAAUCUGUCUUCUAUCCAGUAAACACAAAACAUUGAUAUAAUUGCUAGUGUCUCGAAGAUUUCUACUGGGACAUCCAGACAGGGCAAACAAGCCUAAGGGAUACCUUGUUCCAUUGGAAAUACGGACAUUCCAAAAAUACAAACCCAGGACAUACUUGAAAACGAGAGAAAUCUCAAAGUGUCCUUCCUGGUAAAUUAUUUUAUAAAUAAAAUGUUAAUACAUUGUUUCUAGUACGUAACUGAACUUAUCAGCUGUAUAACUGUACUUCUCUAACAAUGCAACUCAACUGGUCACUAUACUACUAGCUGUCAUACUAACCAUGAUACUUGAUUAUCCUACUAACUAUACUACCCGUACUACACAUGAUUAAUUUAAAAUAUUUCCUCCACUGCUAGUUCUGCUACUCAGUUGUACGAUUCAAGGAUUCUCUAUCACAAUGGUGGUUAUGAGUCAGAUAUUUAUAGAGUAAGAUUGCCAAAUUGCGAUCCUACACUGCCAAUCCUCCUAGCUUGUCUAGCAGAGAAUCUUGGGAAAUAUAGUCCUGCAAUUGCUGUAGAAUCAUGGAUGUGCAUCCCUGCUCUAAAGAAUGUUGGCAUUUUAUCAUAGUUACAUUUCCCUAAGGCUUUAUAAACUCCAGGGAGCUAUAGUUACUAUAAAUAAUUCUGCAAGAUUCUACCUUGUCUAGAAUGUGACUCCUUAAACUCCUCAGGUUAGCUCAUACCACCACUACCUGGAGAAAAAAGGCAUUUGAUAGAUCAAUUAGCCAAUUCCAGCAUACGAAAUAAAUAACAAUAAGACCGCGACAUGGAAGGUUAAUGUCAUAUAUUAAUCAGCCCCUGUCAUAUCAGAGUAAUUGUGUUUUGGAUCAGCCGAAGUGUGACUCUGUGAAUACCUUUUUGAGUGACGCUAUGCCUGAUCUGUCACUUUCACAGUAGUUCGACCUUCAAAAACUCCCUUUGUCCUUCAGUAUUUUGUGCUGAGGAGUGCUAUGAAAAAUAAAGGAAAAUAUGGUCCAUUUGGGAUUUCCCCGAGUGAAUUUUCAGCAAUUGAUCAAGGAAUUUCACAUUUAAACCAAAAUAGCCAAGCUGAGGUGAGUUGUAAACUUUUUGAAGUUUUGCUUUUUAGCCUAGAAUUUGAAAUUCCCAGGUCCGUUCCCAUUUUAGGUAGCAUAUAUGCAAAAUCGAAUUCCAAGACCAUAUCAGCACCUAUGGUAAAAAAAAUCAUAGGAUAUGGAAUACGCUGGUGAAGAGAAAUAAAUAAAAGGAAAUAGUCGGUUGAGGUGUGCCGAAACCGAUGUAUGCUGUAGGCCGGUAAAUAAAGUGGGCUUACAUAGAGGAAAGUAUAGCUAAUGGGAGUGGAGGGUGGGCCUGUUCGUCUAGACCAACGAAGGUAAGUAAGGGAAGGAGGGAGUCCCUUAAGUAGGUCUAUAGCCCCUCCCACAACUUCAGGCCAUGCUUUCCAAUUUGUGUUCGGGGCAUUCUCAUAGGAUAUGGAAUACGCUGGUGAAGAGAAAUAAAUAAAAGGAAAUAGUCUGUUGAGGUGUGCCGAAACCGAUGUAUGCUGUAGGCCGGUAAAUAAAGUGGGCAAAAAGAGAUAAAUCAGAGAAAACAUUUAUUCAGAAAACAUAGUAAAUUUUUACAUAUUAAGUAGACAUUUAAUGAAAGCCCCUCCUAAUCUCUUGGACUGGGUGUGGGAUGUAAGUCGCGUAAGCCGAGGACUUCCAGCGACCCAGUGUCUUAAUCACGUGUGCUGGAAUGUCUUGGCUAGAGGUCGUGGAGGCCGCUCCGAUUCUGAAGGAGUGCCCUGAGUAGUUUCUAGGAUUUAGACCAAGUCUGGUGAUAAGCAUACAGACAUAAAGCAUGAAUUUUGCUGUGGUAAGAAUUGCAUCGUGUAGUAAUAGUAGUGGUUUUGUGGUGCGUGUUGGUGUUGUGGCUAAGAAAGCGUCCAGUACUUUCACCGGACACCAAUUGUUCCCUGUGGGGUAGUAGGUUAUGUGAACAGGUUCCCCCAUCUGACUUGUUUUGGUCUUAGGUAGGGUCAGGACUUCGUAGUCUGUGUGUUUUAUGAGGUAAGAGGUGAGGAGGCACCCUUGGCUAUGGUGCUGGCCACUAAUGGUGAAUUCUCUUGGUCUAAGAAACCCAUAAAAAGCUAGAUAAAUGGCGGUUUUAAUUACCGCAUUUGUAUGGGGUUCAAAUGGUGCCUGGUCGAGUAGGUCGGACAAGGAUUUGAACAUUUUAAUGUCAAUGGCCAGUCUCUUGAGUGUAGCAGAGCCGUCCACUUUCGCUAUGCCUUUCAGUAGUGUUCAGAUGGGGUAAGAAGUUAAGAACCCUUUGUUGUUAGGGAAGGAGCAAUACAUAUGGUGUUGUAUCCCCCGAGGUACAGCUUAAUAGUAUUAUGUGAGAAUUUAAAUUUAAGGUGGCGAAAAGAUGUAAAAACUAUCAGUGAGGAAACCUCAAACCAGUUGGCUAGGUGAUGGUCAGACAUGAAUUGUUUGUACAAGUGAAAAGUUGAGUGCUUGUGGAUAAGGCUAAUUUGGUGAGAACGUGGCUGUGCUGAAGUUGUUAAUCUACUCCAUGAUAAGGUCUUGGAAAGUUGGAUCUGGGGUUGCCACACAAGCUGCCGAGGGUAGGGACAGUCUGAAAGCCUGAAAUUGAAAGUGAGAUAGUUGGUCAGCUGCCGUGUUGUAUAUGCCGGGAACAUGGGAGCAUACAAUGUGGAACUGAUGGGUAGGUGCCAGCCAUGUCAGUUUCCUAAGGAAACUCAUAAUCGCCAAGGAGGAAGAGCGACCCUUAUUGAUAAUGUGGCAUAUUGCCAGGUUGUCGGAAAAGCAGCGUACGGACUGCCCUUUCCACAACCUACACCAAGUGACAGCUGCAGCAACUAUCGGGUAUACUUCAAAUAGGGCUGAGUUAGUGUGAAAACCCUCAAUGCCCUGUGUUUCUGUUGUCCAGGUCCCCCAGAGCCAUUCUGUGCCGAAAAUGGCCGCAUAUCCCGCGGAUGAUGCCACGUCUGUCCAAAUGACAGGUGACUGUAAAUCAAUCUGCGGGAGGAACAUGCUCCUCCCAUUCCAGUCCAAGAGGAAUUUGUACCACAUCUGGAGGUCAGCGGUCGCAGGACAGUCCAAGGAUAUGCGGACAUAGUCGUUGGAGAAGGUGGGGAACAGGGCGAGGAGCCUGGAAAUGAAAGCCCUGCCCUGGGGGAUUAUGCGCAUGGCGAAAUUUAGUGAACCCAAAAGUGAUUGUAAUUCUUUAUGAUUGCAAGUAGUGACUAAUAUCGUGUAGGAUGUAAUCGAUCUUUCCUCUAGGGAGGCUGGCCAUCAUUGUUGAUGAAUCCAGCAAAAUACCAAGAAAGUUUAUGAUUGUGUCUGGUCCUUCGGUUUUAGUGGGUGACACGGGGACACCAAGGGAGGUGAAUAGCUUGACUGCUUUGUCUAGACUACAUAGUGGGUUGGAAUUAGAUUUGAUGAAAAGAAAAUCAUCUAAGUAAUCACAUUUGGGCACCUGCAGGUAUUAAGGAGGAGUCAAAACAAAGCUUCUGCAAACGUGUCAAAAAUCCUCGGACUACUCUUGGCCCCAAAGGUGAGCUUUGUAAAAAAGUAGUAGGCGUCUUGCCACUUAAUGCCAUGCAGGUGCUACAAAGAGGGGUGUAUAGGUAACUAUUUAAAAGCAUUCACAAUAUCCGUCUUGCUAAGCCAAGCCCCCAACCCUGCCGAUCUGAUAGCCGCAAUAGCGUCAUCAAUAGUGGAGUAUUGUAGGGAAAAUUCCUCAGAUGGAAUCAAUGAGUUUAGGCUGGGGAUGGCUGAAGAGUGGGGUGCGGAUAGGUCAAUGAUGAGUCUUAGUUUCUCAGAAUUUUUGCUGGAAACCAGCCCGAUAGGGUUAGUUCUCCAGCUGGAAAAGGGGGGGUUACAAAAAGGCCCAAUGACAAAUCCCUGAUCCACUUCAAGUUGUAACAAGGUAGUGACUGAAGUAGGGUGAUUAGUGGCAGACUGCAAAUUGUGACACUCUAACACCCCUGUAGGCAUGUAAAUGAGCCCCGUGUGAAAACCCUGGGUGAGACCUGUGCAUAAAAAUUCCACGAGGUGUUUGGAGGGGUGAGUGGACAGCAUACAUGCAAGUACAGGAAUGUUCACCGGAGACAAAUAAGGUUUCUGGUACAUUUUAUUAGGGCACAUGGAUUUCGCAUGUGUCCUGAAACAAUGCGAGCAUACGUGUAAUAAGCGGCAGGUGCUGUAACCGCAGGAGCCCUCGUUGAAAUUAUUGCAAAUCUGAGAUUUGCCUAGGGACACUACUGGACGACCCAGUUUGUCUCUUGUCUGUUUCUCCCUUGGGGGAUGCUGUAAGGAUGAGCCGGGAGCGCUAUCCGGACAGAGAGGGCAAAAAUUAGCUGCGUGAGCGGGUGAGGUACAUAUGGCACAAGCUGGUGUCCGAAGUCCUGCGAAAUGUCUGAGGAACAGUUCAUUGUCCAGUUGGCUCCAAUCCAUCUGGAUGCCCUACUGGGACAACGUGACCGACACUUUUGAUGAAAAGGACUUGUGAUAGUCGUAAAAAGUAUAGCCACCAUACUUAUUACCAAGGUCCACCAGCUUAUGCAUAUAUAGAUCCAGUUCCUCUCUCCUAUGGGGAUGAACCGUGCAUAGAAUAUCCCUAAAGAUACCGAAAGCUAGAACAAAAUCAGGAAUGGCCAGUUUCUUACUGAGUCUGGGGUCUCUGGCUUUUAAAACCACCGAGAUGUCCCCGUAGUCGUAAGACCGGUUUUCCACGAUAUCCUGGGAGACAAUGAGCAGUGAGACUAAGUUAACGUCCUUGCCUUCCAGAAGGUCCUUUUUAAGAUUAGCUGGAACCAUGUGGGCAGGAUUAAUAAUGUGGGCGGCUGCCUUGGUGGAUAUGGAAUUACCCACUAUUGCUGUGGGUAUGACCGGGAUUAUUCCGGUGAGAGGACCAGGAGGCUGUACAGGGAAGCUACGGGCUUCCAGCCUCUCCAGCCUGUCGUUGACCUUCCCCAUAGAAGAGAUUAGGGAGGCAACCAUAACAUGGAGAGUCUAAUCUUGAGAGCUGCUUGUGCCUUCCCCAGCGUCUGUAUUAAGGGUAUUGGUUCUUAGCAAUUUGAACAGUUCUGCUUUCCUGGCAGGGGCCGGGAAGGGGAUACUACAUUUACGUAACUCUGCAGUAAUCCGGGGGAUAGUCCAUGAUCUGAUGGACGAGGGACUUCCCAUGUCGCCCUUGCGAGUCGGGGUAAGUGACCUAGCAGGGGUGCUAGGGAUUGACAUAUCCUCACCAUCGUCUGGGAGUAGUGACAUCGUCUGGGGGUUGGGAAUUAACAGGUGGCUAGCUAGUGCCAGAUGGCAAAAGAUUAUUCUAGGAUUUGUGGCAGGUGAGGCCCUGCUAAUGCCAAGUGGCUAGAGAGGCUCUAUCUAUGAGUUAGCACGAGGUGCGUGGUAACCUACACCGGUGAUGGGACGUUGGCCUCUCCAUGAGUAGACAGGGGGGUAUUUGGCAGUGACUGGUGUCGCCCUCUCUAAAUAAUUUGCGAGGCGACUAUGAUUUGGCCCGAGGGGCAUAUAGUACCUCGAAGUGGAGGAUGGGAGUUGGCCUCGCGGACUGCUAGGACUAAGGGACAGGGAAAAUAACUAAACAGCCGUGUUGAAAAUAACGUGAACCAACAUACCUGCAGAAAAAGUGAGCCCUGGCUUCUGUAUACGAAAAAUCAGAGGUCUCUUAAAUGGGGGGGGAGCUUAGUUUAGAUGACCCAUCCAGGGGUAUUCGGGGUUCCUGGGGGUAUGAGAAUUCAGAUAAGGUACUCUUGUAGGACAUACACAUAAGAUUGUAUAACUGAAAGUAGUUUAGGGAGUGACUGCAGAGAGUACUGUCCCCCCUAUAGACACAAUGCUCCCAGUAGCCAUGUACUUUAACAUCAACACGGGUUAAUGAUCUUUAAAACUUUUUUACAACUUUCAAUGCAGAUAUCGUAUAACAUUAUCUAACCAGCCGUAAGUAAUGCAUAUACUAUUAUAACUACUAUAUCUGUAAAGCAUGUAGUACAAUAUAUAUGUGAUUAACCAGAGUUCUACUUGCAGUAACUUAUAUACAGAACAACACAGUAUUUAACCGAAUUAAAGGCAUUGUAAUUGAGAUAUAUUGUAUUAUUCUCUUAUGGCUGAACUAGGGGUCAGCCAGCACCAGACCUGUACCAUGCCCUCCUUCCCCCUUAACUCAUGCACAAACAAGCAGACUGGGUCUUACUCAGACAACCCAGACCACCUCCCCCCUUCCCUGUGUAAUGCCGGCGGGAACAGGGUCUCCUUACGGUAUAGGAGUCUGGGAGGCCUGUUCCCGCCCGUGCCGUGUAGUUUGCCCCCGAAAAACACAACCCACCUUCCCCCUCAAGCCUAUGCAUAGCCAGCGGAAACAGGGACUCCUCACGGUAAUGGAGUCUCUGUACCUGUUCCCGUGUGUGUGUGUGUGUGUGUGUGUGUGUGUGUGUGUGUGUAUAUAUAUAUAUAUAUACAUACAUACAUAUAUUUUGGAAGGCAUGGCCUGAAGUUGUGGGAGGGACUAUAGACCUACUUAAGGGACUCCCCCUUCCUUUACUUACCUUCGUUGUUCUAGACGAACAGGGGAGAUAUAUAUAUAUAUAUAUAUAUAUAUAUAUAUAUAUAUAUAUAUAUAUAUAUAUAUAUAUAUAUAUAUAUAUAUAUAUAUAUAUAUAUAUAAUUUACUUGGUUAUUCUCUAAAGUGAAAAUUGUCAAGAAUUCAAAGUGAAUUUAAAGCAGAUCAGUCACUUCCUGGGAUCUUUUCAUAUUUUGUAAAGACCCCAGAUAUUGACGGACAUCUCCGCCUUGUGUGCUGGGAAAAGUGACAAAACAUGACGGAGGUAGAUCCGCCUUUAGUCAGGUUUUCCCAAGUGGACAUAAACAACAGAAGGGACAGCAGCACACUUAAAGCUGAUGGGACUCCCUUACAGACACAAGAUAUGAAUACGCAGACAAAAACAGGAGUAGGUUGUGCCUAAAAAUAAUAAUAAUAUAUAAAACAAUGAUAUUAAGUAAUAAUGAAAAGCAAUACAAAGUCCAAGGUUAAACUAAUAGAAGUUUAUAAAAUAACUAGAAAAAGUCCAAACUUUAAGGAAACGACCUGUUGGAAAUUAUUUUCUUGUGGAAAUACGGGAGACAAAGACAACUUUGGAUCCGUAUCCACAUAGAGAGAAGAACAAAAAAGAAACCACAAUGGUGUAGUAUGCAUGAUGUGCAGAUCUUUAUGGUCUUACUCACAUUCUAUAGAGCUAAUACAAGCUCUGGUAUAGUUCGCAUUCAACAGGGGUUGAUCCCCCACUGGUGGGAUAUUUGUGAGUAUACGUCCAGCAGAUAUCUCAGCAAUAUGGUAACCCAAAAGAAAGCAGGGAGCAGUAGUGUUAUCUGUAUAAAACCAAUUUAAAAAAUAUAAAAGGUCUUAUACUCACAUUUGAUUGAGCAGGGCAAACUGCUCAAUUUAUAAGGCACAAGUGGUAUGAUCUCCACCUAGGAUUCUUUAGUAAGGUCUUCUUUGGAGCUGUAAACAGGAGGCCAGGUAGAUAAAAUAGAGGAAAUAAAAGUGGGGGAAAAAAGGUAUAUGGCACAAAAAUAAAAGUAGCCAAUAUUCCUAUAAUAGUACUAUAAAAUGUAAAAUAAACCACAAUGCAUUUCGACAAUAUUGUUUUGGAUCUAUAAAAUGUGAGUAAGACCAUAAAGAUCUGUGCAUCACACAUUAUUCAUUUGUAGCAUACUACACCAUUGUGGAUACGGAUCCAAAGUCGUGUUUGACUCCCCAAUCCCCCCAAAAAUAAGAAUUUACAUCGAAACAUAGAAUGCGACGGCAGAUAAGAACCAUUCGGCCCAUCUAGUCUGCCCAAUUUUCUAAAUACUUUCAUUAGUCCCUGGCCUUAUCUUAUAGUUAGGAUAGCCUUCUGCCUAUCCCAUGCAUGCUUAAACUCCUUUACUGUGUUAACCUCUACCACUACAGUUGGAAGGCUAUUCCAUGCAUCCACUACCCUCUCAGUAAAGUAAAAUUUCCAAAAGGUCUCUACUGUUUUACCAUCUGUACCUCAAAGCUUUAACUUUUUCUAGUUAUUUUUAUACAUUUGUUAUUUUAACCUUGGGCUUCUUAUUGCUUAGUAUUAUCUUGGGUUUUUUAUUGCUUUUUACUACUUUGUAUUUUUUAAUAUCGUUGUUUUAUAUAUUGGUAAUUUUAGGCGCAACCGUGAAGAUUUUAUCUUUAUGGCCCCAAAGAGGGCCCGUAGUAUAUGUGCGCCAUAGAAGGACUUUCCUUCUUAAAGUGGGACACUUGGCAAGUAUAUAUUACACUCCUCAUGUAAAGCCAAUCAUAGAACAUCUAACUUGCUCUGAAAGCCUUAAACGUGCUAACAAUCACUGGACAAUUCAGCAGUCUUUAUUCACCUAGUAAAUCCCCCUGCAGUGAUAAUUAAUCUAGAUCCUCUCCGUUAAUUUCUUGCUCUGAAAGCCUUAAACGUGCUAACAAUCACUGGACAAUUCAGCAGUACGUUAACGUGUAAAGAUCUGGAACAAAGAAUGAGACAGCUGAUUGCAUUUCAUGUGUAAUUAGACUGUGCAUUAUAGCAUGAACAAAGACGAGAUUGCAUUGAGAAACUAAUGUCUCUCUCCAUGAGCAUGAUUAAAUAUUAAAAUGACUUUUAGAGGAUGAAAUCAGCAUGAUUUAACCUGCUAGGGUUUUGGGAGUAUUAAUUAAAGUGUGAAUUGCAGAAAUUGACAAAUGAAUUGCAAAUUUAAGGCUAAAAUAGCUGAAAUUGAAAAAUUCUCCAAUUCAGCGCAAUACUCAGCUAAAAGGCAGAACUUCAUCCUGUUUAAUUCAAGCAAUCUAAUACAACCGCAUAAAUUUCCUACCAUUGAAGAGAUCUUUUAAUCCACUAUAAUCCACUGAACCUCUAUCAUUUUUAUCCAGGCACCAGCUCCCUGGAUGGAGAUAACUUGUAAACAUGCCAAGUUCUGCUCUGCUUCAUGUGAAAACCAGUUGAUUUUCUUAAUGGCUCUUUUAAAGUCUAACACGUUAAGCCAGUUUUGGAGCACUCUAUACGUUAACGUGUAAAGAUCUGGAACAAAGAAUGAGACAGCUGAUUGCAUUUCAUGUGUAAUUAGACUGUGCAUUGGCAUAGCAUGAACAAAGACGAGAUUGCAUUGAGAAACUAAUGUCUCCUCUCCAUGAGCAUGAUUAAAUAUUAAAAUGACUUUUAGAGGAUGAAAUCAGCAUGAUUUAAGCUGCUAGGGAUUUGGGAGUAUUAAUUAAAGUGUGAAUUGCAGAAAUUGACAAAUGAAUUGCAAAUUUAAGGCUAAAAUAGCUGAAAUUGAAAAAUUCUCCAAUUCAGCGCAAUACUCAGCUAAUCUGGCCUAAGAUUUGCAAUUCAGUCUCCAACUCCUUAUUCAGUGGAUGAAUCUAUGUCUGUCGUAUUCAGCACAGCUCAGGUGAUGAAUUGGUUCUAAAUCAGUUCUAUCAAUUACGUAACCCAUUCUGGACCUGUGCAAUCAUGACAUUGAUUGUGUUCUAUAAAGCACAGUUAUUAUGCCGGACCCCAAAAUCAUUCCAUUCCCCUACUGUGAAUCUUUUAUCUGUCUGUGUGUUCAGCCAGCUGGAUGGGUUCUUGCCAGCCCCUAUUUUUAUCUGCUGUUUGCCAGAGUGGCACCUCCCACAGCACUUCAACUUGUUGAAAUGACUUAAUAUCCUCCGUUUAGUCUAUGUAUCCGAGAGCACGGUGAAGUCUGUUCCUUGUGGGCCUUGGUUACAUUGUUACUAACUUGUGUCUAAUGACACUUCUGUGGCUCAGUCUGGGAGCAGCAUGUCCAAUUACUGAAGUGUAUGUUCCCCUUCUCGGUCUCUCCGCUCUGCCGGUGACCUUCUCCUGUCCGCUGCUCGCACCCUUACUGCUAACUCGCGCUUGCAGUACCUCUCGCGGGCGCUCCAUUCUUUUGGAACAGCCUGCCUACCCCCCAUCAGACUCUCCCCUAGUCUUUCAUGGUUUAAGAAGUCCCUCAAAACACAUGUUUAGAAAUGCUUAUGGACUCCCAGAGUAUCUUAUCUAUACUUACCCAAGUCUGUCUCUUGCUCUCCUAAAAUAACCACACUCCACUCUCACCUCCAGUUCUGCUACUUUUCCCCCUUGUUUGGUGGCUGUCACCCUUACUGCCCUGUUGUGUAUUUGAACCCCACCUCCUCUAGACUGUAAGCCCAUUUGAGCAGGGCCCUCAUUUACCUAUUGUUCCUGUGUCACUGUGUAAUUGUCUCAUUUAUUGUAAAUUCCCCCUCCCCCCCACCCCCUCUUCAUAAUAUUGUAAAUUGCUGCGGAAUUAGUUGGUGCUAUAUAAAUACCAAUAAUAAUAAUAAUGUUCUAAUUUAAGGGACUUUAAGGUGAUUUAGCAACUCAGGUGCCAUGUGCUGAGUGAUUAGUGUUUUACAAACAAAGGGUAGAAGAUGCGUUGUGGGAUGGGAUCAGUUGGAUACAGAAGGAGAGAGAUCUGCACUGAUGCAUUUGACUGCAGUUAACCAUUUCUUCCCUCUGAAAACUAAAGUGUUAUUUUUUUUCAAUGUGCUUUUAGGAAUUGUUGAACGUUGCACUCCAGUGCGUUACCACUAUACUUCAUCUUCUUUGCCUCCCAACUUGCCCAUCAACGUCACAAAGACCAUCCGACAGGAUGAGUGGCAUGCUCUCCGUAAGUACAUUUUAUUCCAACAAUCUGUGUGUACUGCAGCUCUGUGUUCUGUUUGAAAAACUGGAGGCUAGAUUCGCUAUGGGUCAUUAGGAACUAUUGAAUGUGAAAUUCAAAGGGAAAAUUGUACAUGCACCUGUGCUGCAUCCUGUGUUAUCUAGCUGAAUGUCACUGCUCAGAGCAAUGCAGGAUCACAAUCAUUGUCAGAUGAGCACUUUCAGCUAAUGAGCAUGUUCUGCAUUGGCACAGUUUGCUCUAUAGAGCCAUUCAACUUUUCCUGCUCUACAAACCUGGAUGAGACGGAUUCGGUGUGAGUGCCCAGGGGGGACCCAAUUAAGUUGUCAAACAAUUGGAGUAUAGUUUGACAUCUUACCAUUGGAGGACAUCAGGCCACGCCUGGCACCAUAACCACUACAGCAAGCUAUGUAUGUCUCUUUAACAUUGGAAUGUUUGUAAUGGGUAGUAUGCUUGGUAGAUCAUUCAUGCUGCAACAUAUAUUUGUUAUCCUAAAGAAUUACUAUUUUAAUUUAAAGACAUCAGGCCCACGCCUGGCACCACUAACCACUACAGCAAGCUAUGUAUGUCUCUUUAAGCAUUGGAAUAAGGUUUAAGAUAAUAGGGUAGUAUGACUAGAUUGGUAGAUCAUGUUUCUAUGUUUCUAUGUUUAUUGUGUUUUGCACUUCGUUUAAUAACCAUAUCGAUUUGUUUGGUAAAUUUCAUAACUUAGUAAGUUUAUUCACAAAUUAGAGCUAUUUUAGGGGACAGAUUUUGGUCUGUUAGGACAGAUGAGAAAAAUGCAAACAGCAUUAUUUUUCAAUUUAAUCUGGUAUGGGGAAGAAAUGUAUUUCUCUGUAAAUCAUAUGCUGAUAUUAGCCUUUAGUGCUGUGGAUGUGGUCCUAAUACUUUGUUAAUAUGAGCUUUUCCUCUCCCGCAGAUCUGAGAAGGAUGACUGCUGGCUUUAUCGGGAUGGCUGUUUCCAUUAUCCUUUUCGGGUGGUUAAUAGGAGUGCUGGGCUGUUGUAAGCGGCAUGAUCUAAUGCAGUAUGUGGCUGGGCUACUGUUCCUCAUGGGAGGUAAAAAGAAUAUUUAUUCUACUUUGGGUCAACAGAGUGUCCUAAUUAUCAGCUAUUGACCUGCCUCGUAACAAAGAAGUCGCAGAUGGACUGCAGAUUUCCUUAUGAGGCUAGUAGCAUAGGAAAGGGAGGGGUUUUUCUGCAACACACUCAAUAAUAGAAUCCCCCCCAUGGGACCAUAUUCACAGAUUUGCUUGUUUCAUUGUAUGUAAUUGCAUUAUUAUGUUAAAAACACACACACACACUUUUCACAUGUAUUUCAUUUUUUGUUUUUAAGCAAAUUAUCCACACAUCAUGCACUAACUGAUCGAAAUGAGAUAAUUAAAUUCUGUAAGGCUUGUCAUAAAGAGAUGUCCAUUUUAAUUUAGAUUUUUUUUUUCUUCUAGUCAUUAAUUUAUGAACUGACUGAUUUAUAUAGGAACACUGUUUUUUAAAUGAAACCACACGACUAGUGACGUUACUGGCCAUUGUGACCAUCAAAUCCAAAGAUGGUCAGACACUCGAGGUAGACGGCAAGUGUUGUAGAACAAGAAUACCUACAAUGCUUUGCUAGUGUAGCAUCAUUGGAGCAAUAGUUUUACAACAUAUGGCUUUGCAACCUUUUGUCCGUCCAUGACUGAGUCCGUGCAAACCCCUUAAAAUGUCCCGGUUGUUUACCCUAAACCUCGCUGUAAUUCUGGAGAAAGGCAUUCUGGGUACACGCAGUCUCACUCUCAGAGUAGAUUUAUUAUGAGGAUGACAGAGAUUGUAAUUAAUCCUAAAUGGAUGUUGACUAAAUUCAGUCCACUGUAUUCUUACCAUUUUGCUUUUAACCUUACUAGAAUAGUGUGUGCUGUUAUUGUUGAAUACCCUGUUACAUUGUUACUAUUCGUUAGUUACGUUGAUUCAGUUUACUUACUUUGAAUUGUGUUAUCUGUCCGUGGUUUAUAUGUCGAGCUAUGAGUUCUGCUCCAGGAUUACCAAAUAAGAAAUAUGUAUCCAUAUUUCAUAUAAAUAGUUAUUUGUUGCACAAUUAGCAGCUGUGUAGCUUCUUCCAUCCAGGUGUAUAGGACUGGAAAUUUAAAGUUUAGAGGUAAUAUGUCGCUGCAGAAGCAGAACAUUCCCCCCAGAAGUGUUAACAUUUAAUUCAGGAGCAUGACUUAGUCUCUGCUUCGCCAGGCAUUGCAUUCACGUUGCCAUGGCAUUAUCCAUCAUCGCUGGGCACACAUGCACCAUUAGAUUCUCAGAAGUCGAAUUCAGUGCAAUAGACCGACACGUGUUGAUUUUAAGAUAGAGCAUUAAUCUCAGCUACAUUUUCCUACAAUUACACAGAUAGUCAGGUCUUGAAAAAAUCUGAAGAAAAAAACAGACUUAGAACUCUGAGAAUGGAUGGAAGCUCAAUAUAUAGUAUUUGCUCCCUUGUGCCAUUACAAAGAGAACCCAUACCAUUGGCAUAUCAGAUUAACACCAGUAAGUUCCCUCGGCACAAGAGAGAGUAACCCUGGACAAUCAUUUAUGCAUUCAUUGGAGCUAGUCAGUGAAAUGUAGUUGAUACCCCUCUGAGCACAGUGAGAAUGGCCUCCACGUCUGGAUUACCCGUUUAACUUAAGGGAAGCCUAAGCAAAUACAGUGAAGCAAAAAAUAUGCGAAUAAACAGAAGCUUAGAGAAACUCAGUAGCGUGUCCUUCGGUAAAUCCCUGCAUAUUGCCCAUAGAGACCUUCAUCUCUGAUGAGCAGGUUGGCCUUGGAACCUCUGAUUCCAACCUUGUCAACAGUGGAGUAGGAAAGGAGGGGUGGUGGGGGGAAGAAAUCUUAUCUUCUAUCUAUAUUAUGGCUACUUCAGGGUCCAGUGUAUCCUUGCCUGGAGAAGCUGAAGUUCAUGGCCUGGCUCUUGGAAGUCAAAAUAUCCACUCUCCAUGGAACCAAUAAAAUCAUCUACAUUGGAAGUUUGCUACAUGAGCUCAAUAAGAAUAACCCAUUGGCCUGUAAAGAUGAGAACAUUUUAACUGCUCCUUCCCUGACUCAGGUCAUGGGGAGUCAUCAGACAGAACUGGAUCCUUACUUUGAGCUUACCCAAGGUCCAAAUUUCAUCUCUCUCUGUGUUUGGAAAUCACUAGUCAAUUCAUCAUAUAGCGACUAAAUAUAAGACAUCCUCUAACUGUCUACACAAUUCUUCUUGGGAUCUGCCACUACCUUUGAACAUUCCACCCAAGUCUCAACUUGAGCCAUUAGAUACAGUGAAUUCCAUUAUAAUUUUACUCCUAGUAGCUCUUAUGUCAACCAGAAGAUAUCCGAUAUUAAGGACAUCAAUUUUUUUUCCUAGACAAGGUGUUCCUCAAUUGCUGUCCAAGGGUGUUUCUAGGUAUCAUAUCAAACAAGAGUUAGUUUUACCAGUAUUCUUUCAUGAACCUAAGCCUCAUGUUUAGAGACUUGUUUUUCACUUCACCUAACAAGGUGCUUUUCCAUCUCCCUUAGAUAGGCAACACAAUGGUGGAAGUCCCCCAUAUUAUUUGUACCUAUGUUGUCAAGAUGAAGUUAUAUCUACUUUAACAUUCAGGUCAAUGCAUGGUGAAUGCUAUUGUUGCAACAUACGGAUUUCAAUAGGAUGUUCUGUGUCCUGACAGCUUCUACAGCACUGGAGAGGAGGUGAGUAUUUAGUUAGUCGCUCCUCGUGCAAUGCAACAUUUUUCUUUAUGAGAUAUUUAUUCACUGUAUAAAAACAGUAAGCUAGAGGGAACCUGUAACAACAACCUAAGAUCAGUGAUGCUAUGGAAUUGAAAAUGUCUGUAUAUGGAUACAAUUUCCUUAAUCAUUACUCGAUUUGGUGUUGGUUUUAUAGAUAAUAAUGGUCAGAUAAGUAGAUAAAUAAAUCAGUGAGAUUAAUGUAGCAACAGAAAAUAGAUUAUCAUACGUGGCAGUGCAGGGUUUUACAUUGGAGGGUUAAAACAAAGGGGGGAAUGGCACCCAGACCACUUCUUAAAAUUGAGUGCGCUCGGUGGCUAUAAUGUCCCACUAAAUCAUAGCUGUACUCAUUAUGCACUUUGUGGCCUUCAUCGCCUUUACUGCUUUGCCGACAGGAUGCCAUUGACUUAGUGGUAAAUACAAGAAGGAUUAUCUGCAUAAUUUGUUCACUUUAAGGACAGACACAGAAGACUGCAUUGUACAGAAUAAUAUUGCAUGAACUUGGCUAGAUUAAUGUGAACACUUCAGUAUCGAAUGCUUUUUCUUUCCUAUGAGCACAAUUAAAUAUUUAUAUGGCUAUCCAAGGAUGACAUCAGCAUGUUACUCAUCAAAACUAUAGGUAAAAUGUGAAUUUUAUUACAUGACGGGAGGCAAAUAUUUUGCUGUUUGAACACUCAGCUAGCAAUGCAAACAAGGCUUGUAAAGGACGGCAGUAAAGUCUUCUGAACGUAUCUCCCCUAGACCAGUCUGCAGACCUCAAGAUGUCACCAAGAGAGACUCCUAAUGAAGAGGCCCAGGACAUUGCUGCACCCUUCGCAGAGCGUGCACCAAGAUGGGGCCAACGCCCACCAAAUACAGCAACCAACAAAUCCACAGAGCCAAAGUAAUUGAAGAAAUGGGGUUGUGAAGUCAAACUUAAGAAAUUAGUAGUUCUCCAGAACAGGAAGAGCACAGAGAAGAACUUUCACAUUCCGAGAGAACCCCUCCUAUACUCUCACACCACGAGUAAUGGUAGGAGUUAAUAUUCUGAGUGGUGGUCUGGGCAGCUGCAGACCCAACCUCAUUUUGGACCCUCAUACUGCCAUGCGUGGUUUGAGGGAAAAGUAAAGCUUCUCCUCUUUUAUAUUGGUCUGGGAAAUUGUUACAUUCUUGGGGGGCCAAGGUUUAAACCAUCUGCCAUUAUCAAAUGGUUAAAUUUGGAAUUUAAUAUGGACAUUGCUGGACACUUCAAACUGUUUUUGGUCCUUUUUAGGUCAUUUCAGAUUUAUAUGGAUGAGCUUCGUUCAUGGGCUCUUUAAACUAGGCAAUUUCUUUGUGGAUUUGUUGGAAUUUGUUGUUUGGUGAAUAACUGUGACCAUAACAAGCUGUGUGUACGGUGUUUUAUACUCCCACAGAAAUAAUCUGCCCUAAUAUGCAGUGUAUACUGUGACUAACUCAAAGCAAUAAGUAUGACUUUUUUUAUUGUGUGGAACCUUCUGCUGAUGAGGUCAAAAUUAAUUUAAACAAACAAAACUUUGACACUCUGCGCCAGAAAUUAAAACUGGAAAAGUAGAACCGAGGAGGUCCUUCUGUUAUCAACCCUAGCCAAUCUAGGAGUAAUAGAAAUGGAGUGAUGUUAAGUGUCCCCAAGCAGGGCAAAUCAAAGAACAACUGAGUAGGAGUGCGGGUGGACCUGAAGUGUAACACCCACCUCAGUAAGGCGUUCACAGCAGGGGAGUGGAGUACCAGGGAGGGCUACGCAGUGUCCUUAUAAAGUUUUAGCAAUCAACUUCAGUCCUGGCACACAUUGCAUUGGAAAAUUUUACUGACUCUCUAUGCUGAUGGACAGAUGUGAAGAGCAGAGCUUGGAGUAAUGAUUGGCUGGAAACCAAGCUAAGGGGUGCUCGGCUUUAAAUAUAGCAGCGUGGGAGGACGUAGCAGACGCACGCACGAUGGCGUUUCACGGGUGUCUUUCUGGCUAGGAAGAAAGGGUGCUGAGCAUCGCGGGAGAAUGAAGAGGAGGUCUGGAUGUGUGUGAGGACAGCGUUGGGAGUCUAUGCAGUGUGCGGUGGAGUGGUGAGCGCUCCCAGAGACUUUGAGAGACUUUGGCCGACAGCGGUGAAGUGGGUGACUGCACAGUCCGGAACGCCAGGACCAGGUGGGAGCAGAGACAGCUGGGAGAAGAGAGGCAGCGAGACCAGAUAUCCCUUUGAGGGGAAGCAGCAGAUACCGUAUAUACUCGAGUAUAAGCCGACCCGAAUAUAAGCCGAGGCCCCUAAUUUUACCCCAAAAAACUGGGAAAACGUAUUGACUCGAGUAUAAGACUAGGGUGGGAAAUGCAGCAGCUACUGGUAAAUUUCUAAAUAAAAUUAGAUCCUAAAAAAUUAUAUUAAUUGAAUAUUUAUUUACAGUGUGUGUAUAUGAUGAAUGCAGUGUGUGUGUAUGAGUGCGCAGUGUGUGUGUAUGAGUGCAGUGUGUGUGUAUGAGUGUGCAGUGUGUGUGUAUGAGUGUGCAGUGUGUGAGUAUGAGUGUGCAGUGUGUGUGUGUGAAUGCAGUGUGUGUGUGAAUGCAGUGUGUGUUUGUGUUGCAGAGCCUUGGUGGGGGGGUGGGCAUUUUUAUAAAAAAAAAAUUUUUUAUAUUAUUUUAAUUUGUUUUGUUAUAUUAUUAUUAUUUUUCUAUUAUUAUUUAUAUUAUUUUUUAUAUUAUUUUUAUUAUUAUUAAUAUAUUAUUAUAUUUAUAUAUUUUGUUGUCCCCCCUCCCUGCUUGAUACAUGGCAGGGAGGGGGGCUCUCCUUCCCAGUGGCAUUGGCAGUUCAGUGGGGGGAGGAGUGGGGCUGGCAGAGCUGUUACUUACCUCUCCUGCAGCUCCUGCCAGCUCUCUCCUCCUCCGCGCCGGUCCGUGCAGCUCCUCUCUCAGCUCACACUGUAAGUCUCGCGAGAGCCGCACUAUGACCCCGCGGCUCUCGCGAGACUUACACUGGGAGCUGACCGAGGUGCUGCACGGACCGGCGCGGAGGAGGAGAGAGCUGCAGGAGAGGUAAGCGCUCGCUGCCAGCCCCCAGUCUGUAUUAUGGCAAUGUAAAUUGCCAUAAUACAGACUGACUCGAGUAUAAGCCGAGUUGGGGUUUUUCAGCACAAAAAAUGUGCUGAAAAACUCGGCUUAUACUCGAGUAUAUACGGUAAGUACAUUAAUUACUGAAAAUUUGUUUAACCUGCUUAAAAAAAAAAAAAAAGGGAAGGAAAAGACAGAAAGGGAAGAAAAAAGAAAGGAAUAGAUGCUCAAUCCUACACUGUUUAAAAAGCGGAUCUUUAACCGAGUGACAUCCAAAAAGGAGAGUAAAACGUAAACGAAGGUGGUGAGCAGGAUUCCAGAUUCCCCAUGAGAGGCAGUGGCAGAUAAGUGUAUAAGUGUACCUAUUGCUUAAACUUGUUUAAAAGUGGAUGCCCAACCUUUUUUUGUGCUUAAUUGAGUGACAUCUAAAAAGAAAAAGUAUGAGAGAAAUUGUUCUUUUUUUUUUCCUUUCUCCCCCCCCCCCUUCCCCCUCUGUGCUGCAUCAAUGCAGUAGGGGGUGGAUUGCCUAAACUGUUAUACGGAGGGUAUUGGAGAGAGGUGUUUGGUUAAGCGGAUCUUUAACCGAGCGGAUCUAGAAGAAAAAAUGGAAACUAGAAGAAAAAAUAAAACUUAAGUCUAAGUUAUUUCCCACUAUAAUUAAUGCCUCUGUAAGCCCCCAAAAAAAAGAGGGGUAGCUUUUUUUUGUUUUCGAAGAAUGUUUCUCUGAAAAUUGUUCACCAAGAACUUGAUACAGAAGGUCGAUACAUAAUUUUUAGUGUGCGAAAUUAAUCACCAAAAAUACACAUUCGUUAAUAUAUACGCCCCAAACCAGGCACAAAUUCCAUUUAUUAGAAAAAUAUUUAAUAGAAUUGACCGCGUUAAAACUGGUCGAGUCAUUGUUACGGGAGACUUUAAUUGCGUCUUAGAUGCAGAUUUGGACAGAAGUCCUAAAUUAAAAGGCGAUAACUAUAAGAAGGUAAAAACUAACGGGAAAUUUUUUUCUGAAUUAGUCAAACAAAAUGGUUUGCAGGAUUAUUGGAGGAUAUUCCAUGUAAAAAAAGAGAUUUUUCAUGCUUCUCUAAAACUUUUUGUUCAUACUCCCGAAUUGAUUUAAUUUUGGGGGAUAGAAAUUCAGUGAAACAGGUUAAAAAAAAUCUUUAUAACAACCACAACGUGGUCCGAUCAUAACCCAAUAAUAUUAGAACUAAAAGAACAGAUUGAGAGACCCAGAACAGAAUGGAGAAUGAAGGAUUGGAUAUUGAGAAAGGAAAAUAACCUUAAUUAUAGUAAAGAGAUGACAGAUCUUUUUUUCCUAGAGAACAGAAAGAAUGGUCUACCCAGCAAUGACCUGGUGUGCAUUUAAAGCGGUAAUAAGGGGCCACCUUAUAGGCCUAACAGCCAAAGAAUUUAAGCUGAAUGAGAAAAGGGCUAGCCUGGCGGAGCUAUAUAUAAAACUGGAUGACUUACUUUAUCAAAAUAAAAGAAACCCUUCUAUUAGUAUUACCAAUACAAUAACAGAAGUAGAAAAAAUAAUAAAUGAUCAACUGAUGGCAAAAGCUAAUAAGGCCUUAAUAGGCAUUAAACAAUAAUGUUAUUACAUGGGAAACAGAGCAGAAGCACUGAUGUCAAAUAGACUAAAGAAAGAAAAAGUUAAAAAGGUUAUUGCUAAAAUUGUACACAAUGGGGAAACUUUAUUAAACCCAGAAAAAAUAGGAGAAGCCUUUAAAAAAAUAUUAUCAGGAUUUAUACAACAUUUCAAGUCAAAUAAAUAAGACAUCAGAGAGGUCUUAAAAACUAUCAAAAUACCGACAAUCACAGAUCUACAACUACAAAUAAAAUAUUCAAGGAGGAUGAAUUGAUCUUCUGUAUUAAUAAACUUAAAUAAAAAAGGACCUGAUGGGUUUGAUAACCUCUUCUAUAAUUAUUGAAAAACAAUAUCAAAACAGAUUUGAUCGAAGUUUUUAACUCCUUUUGGAACAACUGAAAAGAUUCCAGCAGAAUUACUGCAAGCGAAUAUAUUCCCAAUUCCUAAGCAAGAAAAAGACACAGAAAAAAAAUAAGAACUACCACCCAAUUUCCCUUCUAAAUACCGAUAUAAAGCUCUAUUCGGCUAUGAUAGCAGAACGUUGAAAAUAAUUAUACCAGAUGUGAUAGAUAGGGACCAGGUGGACUUUGUCCCAGGUAGAUCAUCUACCCAUAAUAUAAGAAGACUGACUGAUUGAUGUUUUGAAUCAUGCGGGAAGAUCGGGGCCCAUGUUGGCCCUGUCGUUAGAUGCUGAAAAAGCAUUUGACAGGGUCAACUGGGAGUUCAUGAGGCAAACCCUUCAGGCAUUUGGAUUAGAGGGAAGACUUUUCCAGAAUAUCUCUGCUCUUUAUACAGUACCUACGGCUAGAGUUGUAGGAAAUGGCUUCGGAUCUGAAUGGUUCUCAUUGCUAAAUGGAACAAGACUGCCUGUGUAGGCUCUUCACAGCCCUUUUAUCACCCAAACAAGCGUAAGGUAUCACACUGGAGGGGAUGUUCCGGCUCCCCAAGCCUCCUGCAGCUGCGGCCUCCAACACCAGCCACCUACUGGUCAAAUUCCAAAAUGGCCAAGAUAAGGCAGCCAUCAUGAAAGCAGUGAGGGGGAAACCCCCAUUCCGCUUUGAGGAAAUGGACAUUACCUUCUACUCAGAUCUCUCCCGACCGACACUUCAGUGGCGGAAGACGCUACGACCCCUCACAUCCAUAUUAUCAAUGAAAGGAAUCAAGUACCGAUGGGGCCCAACGCGCACGCUAAUUAUCCAGCACCAAAACACGGAGAUCAAGGUAGCGGAGGCAUCGCAGAUAGAGGCAACCCUGACCACUCUGGGCCUGAAACACGCAGCAACGCCGGCACCGACAGCAUGGGACCCGGCCAACUCUGCCCCGUUCAUCCCGGCAAAUCGGAACAUACCCAGCCGUGCAACUACUUGACUCUGGAAAUUAUAUAGUUUCUUUUAUAUAUUUUUACUUAAACCCUUGUUUUUUCGUAUUAUGAGGCACAGGCACCUCACAGUAGACGCAUUAACUGUCACAGUAACUGUAGACGCAGUAUAAGUUAUACCGUUCGUAUUGUAUCCCCCUUUGUUUGUUUUUUAUGCACCACUUAGACACCGCGCAACAUACCACACCAUGCACCAACAGCGGGCCGUACCCAUCUCUACCACCUCCCAGACCUAAACAGGCCUAAACCCGGAAACACUAGCUUCUUAACGAACACCUUACCCCCCCAGCUCUGCGCUAGUAACCACUUACACCCACUCAACCAAGUGGAGCUGUGCCCACUCAGCACCCAGCCCGCCUUAGAUAUAUAUCGCACUCUGUCUCUCAAUUUCUGAUACUACACAACCAUACAUGUCCCUGACACCUACACCAACCACAACCACCGCUAGAGACAUGAUCAUGGCGGUAACAAGUUACAUUACCAUAAACAAUAAAAACCGCAGCCAACAUCGCUAUCCCACCAAUGUAUGCAAAUGGUUAAAAGCAAUGUUAUGCUUCAUUGAAUGUAUUAUACACAAUGUGUAUAUCAUGUUGACUGCGAAAAAUAAAGAAUAAAAAAAGAAAUAAAUGAAUAAACUCCUAAAGGGUUGGAAGAAUCUAGAAUUCUCGUGGUUGGGGCCGUAUUAAUAUUAUUAAGUCUUACAUCUUACCAAAAUGGGUAUAUUUGUAUAGAAUGAUCCCCCUGAGUGUCCCCGAUAGUUGGCUGCUAUUAAUACAACAGGCCUGGUCUAAGUUCAUAUGGCAAGCAUAAAAACCAAGAGUGGCAAGAAAACUCCUCUUGAUUAAUCAAUCUAAGGGAGGGGUAGGAUUCCCAGUCAUACAACAAUACUAUGAAGCGAGUAUCCUUUUCCAUAGUAUCAUUUCACAAUUGGCUGGGGCUAAACUAGAAAGGUGGUAUGCGGUGGAAAAGGAACUUGCAGAUGGUAGGGAUCUAGUAACACUUUUCUGGUUUACUCAAGAAGGAGAAACAAAUAAGAGCCAACCAAGUUCUAAUAGUGUGGUAAUAGAGUCCAUUAGAGGAAUAUGGAGUAAGAUUAAAAAAAAGUGCAGGAUUUAAAAAUCACAUUAUUAACACCCUGCCGAUCUCAAUACUAGAAAAUAUGCAAGACCUAAGACUAAAUAAUUGGAGAAGAGCAGGUAUACAAACUAUAGAAGAUAUAACAACAGGACCCAGGGUUAAAGGACCACUAUAGUGCCAGGAAAACAUACUUGUGUUCCUGGCACUAUAGUGCCCUGAGGGUGCCCCCACCCUCAGGGUCCCCCUCCCGCCUGGCUCUGGAAGGGGGAAAGGGGUAAAAACGUACCUUUUUCCAGCGCUGGGCGGGGAGCUCUCCUCCUCCGAUCCUCCUCUUCUCCUCCCAUGCGGCUGAAUGCGCACGCGCGGCAAGAGCUGUGCGCGCAUUCAGCCGGUCACAUAGGAAAGCAUUAUCAAUGCUUUCCUAUGGACACUUGCGUGCUCUCACUGUGAUUUGCACAGUGAGAAGGACGCAAGCGCCUCUAGCGGCUGUCAAUGAGACAGCCGCUAGAGGAAUUGGGGAAAGGCUUAACCCAUUCAUAAACAUAGCAGUUUCUCUGAAACUGCUGUGUUUAUAAAAGAAUGGGUUAAGCCUAGCUGGACCUGGCACCCAGACCAUAUCAUUAAGCUGAAGUGGUCUGGGUGCCUAGAGUGGUCCUUUAAUUCGUUUGAACAAAUAUGUAUUAAUUUCGGUCUCCCGGAAACUGAGAAAUUUAACUAUAUGAGGAUUAAAAGCUAUUUGAAUAAAACUCUAAAUAAAGAGAAAUGGGAAUUUAAUAAUAAAUUAGGAAACUUAUUGAAAGGACAUGAAAAACCUAUUAAAUAAAUGUAACUCUGUUUUGAGACAACUAGAGGGUGACGACGUUUCCAGCGAUUUAAAAAAAAUGGGAGAAAGAUCUAAAAAUACAAAAAAUUGAUGGACAGGACUAGAACAGAGCAUGGCUGACAGUUACUAGGCGUAUUAAAUGCCUAAAUUUAGUGGAGCUACAUUUUAAGAUCAUUAACAGACUCUAUUGUGGUCCUAGCCAUCUAAACAAAAUAGACCAGAGUAAAACAGAUAUAUGUUGGAGAUGCGAAGGGGGAGUGGGAGAUUGUGUACAUAUUUGGUGGAGUUGCCCCCCACUUAAGGAAUUUUGGAAAGCGUUCUUGUCCAAAAUGAAAUGGUAACUGGAUCUAACUUCCUCUUUGCCCUGGAAAUGCUUAUAUUACAUUUAAAUAUUUAUCAGUAUAAUGUAGAUUUACAACACUUUUUUACCCAUGCAUUAAUAGCAGCAAAGAUUUCUAUUGCUAGAAAGUGGGGAACUAAAAAUCUACCGAAUUGGGACAUAGUAAAAAACCUACUAAUUUCGCAAUUUAGGAUGGAGGGAGGUUUGAAUAGAAACCUGAAGGAAAAAAAAAAUUAUUUAACAUAAAUAAAUGGUUAAAAAAAUUGUUGGCAGUAGAUUAAUAUACAUAGAAGAGGAAAGGAAGAGAAGUGGAUAGGGAGGGAAAAAGGAAAGAGAAAAAAAGGGGGUGGAAAGGUGAGGAGAAAAGAAAAAAGGGAGAAAAGAGAAGAAGGGAAACAUUUUUUUUAUCUCAUAUCAGUAUUAUGAAUAGCAAUGCAGAGAGACUCAUCGUGUGUGAAUGUUGUGUUUGUCUGCUUUAUGUUAUGGUCUUUCUUUCUUCUUCUUCUUUUUUUUUUUUUUCUUUGUUAAUGAGUAAUAUUAAUGUUUUAUACAAAUUGAAGUCAUAUAAAUAGGAAAAAGAGGGGAGAGAAAACACUGAUGAUGACUAAUAUACCAAUGCCUGAGAUGCAGAAAGCUUGAAAGAAUAUAAGAGGCUGGUAACGUCUGAAAUGAAGGGAAAAAAAUAAAAAAAAUAAAAAAAAAUAAAAAAAAAUAUAUAUAUAGCAGCGUGGCUUUCUACACUUAAUUUUAUAUUUUUGGGCCUUAAAACAGAUGUUUAUACAGUUCAGGUCGGCCACGGUAAAAUUCUGCAAAAUUCUGCUUGAUGACAUUCACUUCCCCUUUAUUAUCCUUGAUGUAUAACAAUUUACGUUGUGUCUGGAUCCCAAGGCAUUUAGUCUAAUAGUGAACCAAACUGUCCAACGCAUGCAACACAGACUAACGACCGAGGACAUUACAUCAUUAGGGUCACUGAUGGCAGGGUCGCAUACUUCUUUUCUGCAUACUUUUUAAAUACAGACAACUACAAGACUAUAUACAGUCAAUUCCACAACAACCUCUUCUGAUAAGAGACCUAACCGCAUUCAUGAAUUCAUGCAUGGAUAUAGAUCCUCUAGCUCAUGGUAUCUUAGACUUGGACUCUCUAUUUCAGUUCCAACCACAGAUGGGUCCUAUGCGCUUUGUGGGUUCAGGACUGCUAUCGGAAAAAUCUCCUUGGGGAGCGAUGACGGUCCUGAACCGUCAUAACGGUCUGGGGCUACUUACCUGAUCACCGUCGGUCCCCCGGCGGUGAUCAGCGCUCCUCCCAGUCCAGGGGGACUGCCUGUCUGCCCGGGCAGUCUCCCCUCGGAAGAUCAGAACCUCGCGGCCACGUGAUCACUCGAUCACAUGACUGCAAUAGGUGUCUGUGUAUAUGCCUGCAGGGGGACUGUCUGUGCUGAUAUAUAUAUAUAAUGUCAUACUAAGUGUAUUUUUAUAUUUAUAUAUACGUAUAUUAAUAUAAAAAUACACUUUUAAUUUAAGUUACACACAUAUAUAUACAAUAUAUAAUUAUAUAUAUAUAUAUUAUAAAUAUGUUAAUAAAAAUAAAUAACAAAGUAAAAAUAAUUUUUAAUAAUUAGAAUAAAAUUACAUAUAUAUAAUUUUUUUUAACCUUAUUUUGAUAUUAAUAUAUAUAUUUAUAUCAAAAUACCCUUGGAAUGUAAUGAGAUAUAUAUAUAUAUAUAUAUCUAUGUAUAAAUAAAAAUAAUACGAAAUAUACAUAUGUCCAUAUACAUAAUUACAUAAAUAAUUUCAUAAAUAUACACCUAGACAUCAAAUAUAUAAAUAUGUAUAUGUAUUAAAAUUCUACGUGCGUAUUUAUGUAAUAUUUUUACCUAAUUAAGUAAUUUUAAUGAUUGCAAUUUGAGGGACCUGCCUGCCAACCCAGGCCGAAAGUCCAGAGAAUUUAAUUUGCUAGCACUGUGUUUAACCCUGCAACUUUCUAUGACACCCUAAAACCUGUACAUGGGGGGAACUGUUUUACUCAGGAGACUUCGCUGAACACAAAUAUUAGUGUUUCAAAACAGUAAAACAUAUCACAGCGAUGAUAUUGUCAGUGAAAGUGUCUUUUUUUGCAUUUUUCACACACAAACGGCACUUUCACUGAUGAUAUUAUCGCUGUGAUACAUUUUACUGUUCUAAUACACUGAGUAUAACAGUACCCCACAUGUAGAGGAUUUAUAGUGUUUGUGAAAGUUACAGGGUCAAAUAUAAGGCUUGAUUUUACUUCUUUUUUUUUUUUUAUUAGAAAUUUGUCAGAUUGGUAAGGUUGCCUUUGAGAGCGUAUGGUAGCCCAGGAAUGAGAAUUACUCCCAUGAUGGCAUACCGUUUGCAAAAGAAGACAACCCAAGGUAUUGCAAAUGGGGUAUGUUCAGCCUUUUUUAGUAGCCACUUAGUCACAAACACUGGCCGAAGUUAGCAUUUUUUGCAUCUUUAACACACAAACAAAUAUAAAUGCUAAAUUUGGCCAGUGUUUGUGACUAGGUGGCUACUAAAAAAGACUGGAUAUACCCCAUUUUGAAUACCCUGGGUUGUCUACUUUAAAAAAAAUGUACAUGUGAGGUGUGAUUCAGGGAUUUAUGACAGAUAACGGUGUUACAAUGUCACUAUUGAUAAAUUUAAAAUAUAUAUAUAUUGAAACAGCAAUUUCCUACUUGUAUUUAUAGGCCUAUAACUUGCAAUAAAGCAUGUAAACACUGGGUGUUUUUAAAUUCGGGACAAAAUUUUGAAUCUAUUCAGCAGUUUUUUUCAUUAGCUUUUGUAGAUAAGUAAAAGAUUUUCCAAGUAAAAGUCCAAAAACGUCUCUUUUUUUUUUCAAUUUUUUACCUUAUUUUAUUUUUUUUAAAUAAAAUAUGACAUGAUACAAAUAAUGGUAUGUAAAGAAAGCCCUUCUUGUCCUGAAAAAAAUAUAUAACUUGUAUGGGAACCGUAAAUGAGAGAGAGGAAAAUUACAGCUAAACACAAACACCACAAGUGUGUCAAAACUGCUCUGGUCAUUAACGUACAACAUCGCAAAAACAGGCCGGUCCUUAAGUGGGUAUACAAACUUUUAUUGUGCUGGUAUAGCACCCCUCAAUGCCUUCAGAGAACUAACCCCUCUCUUGAUGAUCUAGGCUGGCACUGCACACAAGACCCAGGUACAUUGAUAUAUAUCUGGUGGGACUGCCCCCUAGUGAAAACCUUCGGCCGAAUGGUGCACUCUAUGGUAAAAAAAAAUAUAUAUUCUCAGAUGCCCGACCACCUUUUAGGCAAACUCCACUGUUACUACAUCAUACCACAGUCCUAGGUCUAGCUACAAGAAUAUUAAAUGUAGCCAAACACAUUAUGCUUUAAUUCUGGAAACAACCUGACACUCCACCAAUGAAAGUAUGGUUUACCCAGAUGGAGGAGCUACGUGGUCUUGAGAAGCUGUGUUAUGGUGCCGUAAACAAACUACCCAUUUACGUUCUUAUUUAGACACAAUGGAUACUGACAACGAAUACACAAGGCUUCCCAAACUUACUGUAGAUUCCACUCUGGUGGGAAAGGUUGAUGAUUUAACUACCUAUUGGGCGACUAUCCUUUCUCCUUUCAUUACCACUCUUUCUAACACUUUUCACUUACUUUUGGUUGUAGUUUAAAUGUAAUAGUGUCAUUCCAUGCAUCAUGAGAUGUAUAGCUUGGAGGAAAGACGAGACAGGGGGGAUAUGAUAGAAACAUUUAAAUACAUAAAGGGAAUCAACACAGUAAAGGAGGAGACUAUAUUUAAAAGAAGAAAAACUACCACAACAAGAGGACAUAGUCUUAAAUUAGAGGGACAAAGGUUUAAAAAUAAUAUCAGGAAGUAUUACUUUACUGAGAGGGUAGUGGAUGCAUGGAAUAGCCUUCCAGCUGAAGUGGUAGAGGUUAACACCGUAAAGGAGUUUAAGCAUGUGUGGGAUAGGCAUAAGGCUAUCCUAACUAUAAGAUAAGACUAGGAACUAAGGAAAGUAUUUAGAAAAUUGGGCAGACUAGAUGGGCUGAAUGGUUCUUAUCUGCCGUCACAUUCUAUGAGAACUCCUAUUCUCCGGUUCUCUUUUCCAAAGAAUAUAAUUUUGGUUUACAUAAUUGAAGGCACGUGAAUACUUGUUUCUUUCUUUUGUUGAGAGACUUGCGAGUCUCAUUAGUCUGUGUUUAAGUCCUGCGAGACUCAUUUUUGUUAUUGUUUUUGAAAAUGUUCUCGGUAAAAAAGAGAUUCCUAUAAAAAAAAAAGCUUUAUUAAAUCAUAGUAAGUGAUAUUAAAACUCUCUGUAAGUAACAACGUAACAAAAAUUGCAUUUCAGUCAUACCCCUAAAGAAUUCUACACACCUAUUAGGUUCUGUCUAAUUCAGCGCAAUGACAUCUACAUCUGAGUGACAGUGAAUGAAUGAGUCACAGGCGAACGAGCAUAAUGUGAUAAUGAAAAGUAAAUUAGCCACCAAACAUUUAUUUGAGGAUUAAUAAACAACAUAUGUGCUUUAUUUUAUUUGUGAAGUUUCUCCAUGGAAACUGCAGAUUUAUCUACCAAACUGCAAAGCUUGAAACGUGACCGUUUAGAUACGUGACCGUUUAGAUAUCACUUAUAUUUGUAAGGCAGGUUUCAUAGUGGAUGAAUGAUAAGAAUGUGAGUUAUAAAGUUUUCCUUUGCAGGCUGCAUGAAAAUCUGUCUGUCCCUGCUUGAUAUUUACUGCUAUAGUACUUUGACAAUGGGAAAUGCAUCCAGCUUUUCUCACAUUUGUUUUGGCUGCUAAUCCAAAAGAAGAUUGCUUUAGACAAAAUCUCCUUUUUUCCAGUCUCUCUUGUGUGACCUUGUGUCCUAGGUAUAGUUCUGUUUAUGAAUAGAUUUUGAGACAAUGGUUUGUAUUGGCCUUGAAUUUAUUUGUAUAAUGUAUCAUAUCCUCUCUGAGGUGCUGUUCUUCCAAACAAGAGAUUUUAAACUUGUUAACCUUUCUUCAUAGCUGAUAUGUUCCAUAAUAGGUGUAAAGGAUCCUGCUAUUCGUGCAGCGCUGAUCCUUGUAGUUUCUCCCGAAAUCCAGCUGAAGUAAAGUGAUUAUAGCUCCCAAUCCCCCAAACAUGAGUCGAGACUUCAUGAAGGGGUAAAACGAUCUGAUUUAAUGGGGGCUACCUGCCCGGUAUUUAUGCAGGUCUCCCACCUGGUGGACACUCCCCUAGGGGACCAGAUGGAAGACUAGGACAAAAGAAUUACAGUAGCCAAUUGCAGUGGCUCCAACAUAAGCCCUUCCCUUUGCAUAGGUAAAUCCCUCCUCUCUAUCCUGGAGAUAAUUAACUUUAAGUUAGUAAAAGAAACCUUAAUUAUCUCCAGGUAGAGAAAAACAUGUAUUUUUAUAUAUUCCCAAAACAGUAUUAAAAUCUAUAACUUAUAUUUUACUGAACAUAAACUUUAAGUCCCACAUACCCCCAGAUAGCAUGGAUCUGAGCACACAUAGUCAAAUAGUGUUCAGAUCCCACAAACACAGUUCUCAAUAUCAUCGAAUGAAGUUUGGACUUCACCGGUUGUUCGCGUGUUUAUAUCCGAGAAAGAGUUCCAUAACUGUAGCUAUCUGGGGUCGGUCUAUUUCGUAUCGCAUAAAAGUCCCGAACGGUAAAAUGUUCCCGGCAUUCGUGUGUUUCCAGCCGUAUGAAUGGGGACCUUGGUAGGCACCAGCAGUGUUCGGCGGAAUAAGUGUCCGAAAAGAGUUCCAGGGCAUUGCCGCCAUUUACCGCUGAGUGUUCGAUUUAAAAUGGCGACCGCCACGUGUUCGGCAGAUGAACGUGGACCACCAAGCUGUUCCCCAAUUACUCUGUGGUUAACCGCAAGGUCUGGGCGGUUAAUGAGCACCACACGACCUCAAUAGGAGCUCGGGUGAUUCGGCAGUUUGUUCGUUUUAUCUGUAUUUGCACAAAAUCACCACACACGCAUAAAUAACCGAAAAGGCUGUUUCUCAUAGUCUGUUUAACACGGGAUUUCGUUACAAUAGGCAUAACUGAAACAUGGUGGGAUGAGACACAUGACUGGGUAGUUAACUUAAAUAAAUGGUUACACAUUAUUCACAAAAUGUCAGGAAAAACAAGAAGGGUGGUGGGGUAUGUUAGUAUGUCAACCAUGCGCUAAAGCCAAAUCUCAAUCAAGUGGAAUGUGACAAGGAAAAUGGUAGCUUUAUGGGUAGAUAGAUGCUUUGGGUAAAAGAAAAUAAAUUAUUGGUUGGAACAUGUUAUAAACCACCUAAUGAUAAUGUUGAUGGAGGGAGAACAGCUCUUAGAGCAAAUUUGGAAAGCUGCACAUCUGGCAACACGUUAAUUAUUGGAGAUUUUAAUUACCUGGACAUAAAUUGGGACAAAGAGACUAGUAGUUCAGCAAGGGGAAUCAGGUUUUUAAACAUGUAGAAUGGCACCGUACUGGUACAAGCACCAACGAGAAAGGACGCUUGUCUGGAUCCUUUUUAUUGUGUAGCCCGCCUUUGCACUUUUUCUAGUGCCAUAAUAUCCUUCUUUAGAACAGGUACACAAAAUUGCACAUAAUAUUCAGUAUGUGGUCCUACCAGCAAUUUAUAAAGCGGCAAAAUUAUAUUUUCAUCCAGAGAAUGAAUGCCCUUUUUCAUGCAUGACAAUACCUUGCUGGUCUUAGCCACUGCUGAUUGACAUUGCAUGAUGUUGUCAAUAACAAUUCACAAAUCCUUCUCAUUUGUUAUCCCUAAUUCACUUCUUAUUUAGGGUGAAAGUUGUUUGUUCAUUCUUUACCCCAAAGUGCAUAACUUUGCAUUCUUCUACAAUACAUUUCAUCUCCCAUUUGAGUGAAUUUUGAUCUAGACUAGUGGUUCCCAACUUUUUUAUUUUUAUUUUUUUUAUACUUGAGUUACCCCCUGGCAACCCAUUUCAAGAAGUAUGCCCCUCAUAUUAGCUAAAUGUUUAUUAAUAUAGUUACUAUUACUUCAAAUGUAUACAUUUUUAUCUGCCGUAUAUUCCCCCUUUGCCGUAUAUGCCCCAAGCUCACCCUGCUGCUCACAGUGCAGAUAUAUUAACACACACAUACAAUGUACCACAGGUUGGGAACCCAUGAUCAUGACCAAUUUCUUUGAGUUUGAACACUAACCUAUUGUGAGCAAUCAUAUCAAAACCCAUGGCAAAAUCCAAGUAGAUCACUUCCACUGUAAUACCCUGAUAUACUCACUUCUUCGUAGAGUGCAAUCAGGUUGGUUUGAUAUGACCUAUGUUUCAUAAAACCAUGCUGAUUAUUGCUAAUAAUAAUGUUCUUCACAAUGAAUUCCUGAAUAUUAUCCCUUAAUAACCCUUUAAAUACUUUCCCAGUCACAGAAGUUAAACUCACAGAUCUAUAAUGUCCAGGCAAAGAUUUUGAACCCUUUUUGAAUAUGGGAACCACAUCUACAUUCCUCCAAUCCUCUGGUACAAUUUCUGAAAGACAGGAAUCUUAAAAGAUUAAGAACGGAGGUCCACUUAUUUCCAAACUUAGCUCAUUAAGUACUCGUCUGUGAAUACCGUCAGACCCUGGAGCUUUCUUUACAUUAAUUUUCUUUAGUUACUGUAUCACCUUGUCUUGAAUCAUCCAUUCACCAUUUUUCUGCAUGUUUUUUGCAGCAUAUCUCUUGCAAUAGGACCUUCCUUAUUAUAUACUGAGGAAGAAUAGUUAUUUACAAUUUCUGCAUUUUCCUGGUCUUCAUUACCUAACAUGCCUAUCUCUGUUUUCAGUGUUCCCUACAUUUUCAUUUUUUGUGGGUGGGUGUUUGUUUUUGUUUUUUUUAGAAUGUAUGUGUGUAUAUAAAAUGUUUGGGUUGGUUUCGCUUUCUUUAGCUUCCACUUUCUCAGUUUCUAGUUUAGCCACUCUAAUUGCCUUUUUGCAUGCUUUAUUGGCUUCCUUAUCUGUCUGCUUUAAUUACCAUUUUCUUAUUUUACUUUCCCACUAAGCCAUAUUGGUUUCAAUUAGUUUUUUUUAUAUUUAUUACCCAGUGGUACAUACUGAGAAAUGUACUUUCCUAAUAUUUUUUUUGAAGCUAUUCUGUUUAUCCACAAGUUUUUUUUUUUUUCUUUUCACGAAGUAGUUUAUGCCAGUCAAUAUGUUGUAAAGCUGCCCUUAUCUUAUUGAAAUUGGCAUUUUAAAAAUUAUAUGUUUAAGUAUACCCCAGAUUUUUUAAGUUUUAUUUCAUAAGACACCAUAUUGUGAUCACUAUUUCCCAAAUGUUCCCUACUUGAAUGUUUGUCAAAAGAGCAACAUUGUUUGCCAUAACCGGAUCCAGACCAGCAUCCUUUCUAGUUGGUGCUUGUCCCAGUUGUGACAGUACGGUGCCAUUCAACAUGUUUAAAAACCUGAUUCCCAUUGCUGAACUACCAGUCCCUCUGACCCAAUUUAUGUCCAGGUUAAAAAAAAUCUCCAAUAAUUAACGUGUUACCCAGAUGUGCAGCUUUCCCAAUUUGCUCUAAGAGCUGUUCUCCCUCCAUUAACAUUACCAUUAGGUGGUUUAUAACCGAUUCCAACCAAUAGUUUUUCAUUUAACCAAAGCAUCUAUCUACCCAUAAAGCUACCACGUUUUCCUUGUCACAUUCCACUUGCUUGAGAUUUGGCUUUAACUCGUGGUUGACAUACUAACAUAACCCAUCACCCUUCUUGUUUUUUAUCUUUCCUGAAUAAUGUGUAACCAUUUAUUUAAGUUAACUGCCCAGUCAUGUGUUUCAUUCCACCAUGUUUCAGUUAUGCCUAUUAUGUCAUAUUGUUUAGUGUAUGCCAGUGUCUCUUGUUCCCCAAUUUUGUUCUUUAGGCUCCUUAUAUUUGUAAAAAUGCAUUUAAUAUCAUCAUGAGUCCCUUGUACUUAAUGUGAAUUUUCAUUACUAUUCCAUACCUCCUCUGUUCUGAGCUUGUCCCUCCUCCUAUCUUAACACCUCUUGAGUUAAGCUAAAUCCCAUCUCCUUCAGUUCUAUCUCCGUUAUGUAGAUUGCUAUGAUCCUCCCUCCCCACCACUAGUUUAAAAUCUCCUCCAACCGUCUAGCCAUCCUGUCCCCCAGCACUACAGACCUUCUUCUGUUUAGGUGCUUCCAUCACUGCUACAAAGAUUGUCCUGAAGCGCAAAAUCAGCCAAGUGCUCCAAAAACCCAAAGCCCUCCUUCCUGCACCAUGACUUUAGGCAGAGCAGCAUUUUAUUUAAAUUGUUUGGGGGUGGGCUACUUCUUAGUGUUGGUGAGUUUAUAUAAAGCUCAAUUUUAUUAUUAAUUGCAGAAUACCAGCAUUUUCCUCAUUGUUUUAUGAGCGUUCAAACCGUGAAUGGUGAAUAAUAAACUUGUUUAGUUAAUCAGCAGUGAAAUCAGGGGGCAGAGAGAUUGCCAGGUGUGUAGUCUGCAUUCCACUAAACAAUUAUAAAACUAGUUAACCCCUUAAGGACCGAGGACGGUUCAGGACCGUCAUCGGCAUUUUUGCCUUGAGGACCGAUGACGGUCCUGAACCGUCCUAACAGUCAGAGCUACUUACCUGAUCGCCGUCGUUCCCCCGGCGGCGAUCAGCGUGGCUCCGGUUGUGGGGAGACUGCCUGCAGCCCAGACAGUCUCCCCACACUGAUUUAGGACCCCUGUGGCCAUGUGAUCGCUUAACAGAGCGAUCACAUGGUCACAAUGGGUGUCCAUGUGUCUGCCUGCAGGGGGACUGCCUGUGCUGACGGGCAGUCUCCCUGCUAGUGUAAAAUCAAAAAAUAAAAUAAAGUUAAUGUUAAUAAAAAAUAAAUAAAUAAUUAUAUAUGUGUAUAUAUGAUAUAUAGACAUAUAUUAUAUCUAUAUAAUAUAUGUCUAUAUAUCAUAUAUAUAAUGUCAUACUAAGUGUAUUUUUAUAUUAAUAUGUACUUAUAUUAAUAUAAAAAUACACUUAUAAUUAAAUUACACACGUAUAUAUAUAAUAUAUAUAAUAACUAUAUAUAUUGUAUAUAUAUAUUAUUAUAAAAUAUAAAUAAUAAGUAAUUUAAAUUAAAUACAUUUUUUUUUAAAUAAUAAUAAAAAAUUAAAAAAAAUUAUAGCUAUAUGAAAUUUUAUUCUAACUGUAUUUUAAAAUUAAUAUAUAUAUAUUUAUAUCAAAAUACACUUAGAAUGAAUUUGUAUAUAUAUCUAUGUAUAUAAAAAUAAAUAAAAAUAAUAAGAAAUAUACAUACGUCCAUAUACAAAAUUACAUAAAUAAUUAUAUAAAUAUACACGUAGACUUCAAAUAUAUAAAUAUGCAUAUAUAUUUAAAUUCUACGUGCGUAUUUAUGUAAUAUUUUACAUAAUUCAGUAAUUUUAUUGAUUGCAAUUUGAGGACCUGCCUGCCAACCCAGGCCGAAAGUCCAGAGAAUUUAAUUUGCUAGCACUGUAUUUUACCCUGUAACGUUCUACGACACCCUAAAACCUGUACAUGGGGGGUACUGUUUUACUCGGGAGACUUCGCUGAACACAAAUAUUAGUGAUUCAAAACAGUAAAACAUAUCACAGUGAUGAUAUUGUCAGUGAAAGUUACUUUUUUUGCAUUUUUCACACACAAACAGCACUUUUACUGAUGAUAUAAUUGUUGUGAUACGUUUUCCAGUUUUUAAACACUAAUAUUUGUGUUCAGCGAUGUCUCCUGAGUAAAACAGUACCCCCCAUGUACAGGUUUUAUAGCAUUUUUGAAAGUUACAAGGUCAAAUAUAUGGGUCAAAUAUUUUUACAUUGAAAAUGGCCAGGUUGGUUACGUUGCCUUUGAGAGCGUAUGGUAGCCCAGGAAUGAGAAUUACCCCAUGAUGGCAUACCAUUUGCAAAAGAAGACAACCCAAGGUAUUGCAAAUGGGGUAUGUCCAGUCUUUUUUAGUAACCACUUGGUCACAAACACUGGCCAAAAUUAGCGUUCAAUUUAGUUUUUUACUUUUUUCACACACAAACAAAUAUGAAUGCUUACUUUGGCCAGUGUUUUUCGACUAAGUGGCUACUAAAAAAGACUGGACAUACCCCAUAUUGAAUACCCUGGGUUGUCUACUUUAAAAAAAAUAUGUACAUGUGGGGUGUUAUUCAGAGAUUUAUGACAGAUAAUAGUGUUACAAUGUCACUAUUGAUAAAUUUUAAAAAUGUAUGUUUUGAAACCGCAAUAUCCUACUUGUACCUAUAGCCCUAUAACAUGCAAAAAAAAGCAAAAAAGCACGUAAACACUAGGUAUUUUUAAACUCAGGACAAAAUUUUGAAUCUAUUUAGCAGUUUUUUUCAUUCGCUUUUGUAGAUGAGUAAAAGAUUUUUCAAGUAAAAGUCAAAAAACAUGUAUUUUUUUAAAUUUUUCAUCAGAUUUUUGUAUUUUUUUUAAAUUAAAAUACAUGAGAUUAUAUAAAUAAUGGUAUGUAAAGAAAGCCCCUUUUGUCCUGAAAAAAACAAUAUAUAAUUUGUAUGGGAACAGUAAAUGAGAGAGCGGAAAAUUACAGCCAAACACAAACACCACAAAAGUGUAAAAAUAUUCCUGGUCGCAAAUGUACAACAUCGCAAAAACAGUCCAGUCCUUAAGGGGUUAAAGAUAGAACAGAAAACGAGAGAAAGGGUGCGCCUUUAAUGUAGAUAUAUUGUACAAAUAAAAUAGUAUAGUCCAGAUAACUUAGCAAUAGUCCAGAAUAGUAGAGUACACAAUGGAAAGGAAAAUUCUUGCAGAGCAGCAGUGAUUCGUCACGGGUGUAGACUUGUAAUUUCAGUGGACCAUAUGGAAAAGAAGCAGAGAAACAGAAAUCCAACGGUGCAGUAUGUAAAUAUACUUGGAUAUUAAAAAAUUAUAAGUAGGUACUACUCACAAUUUCCAGAGCUACAAUCCAGCUCUGGUAUGAAGGGCGUGAAGUCAGCCUCGAAACCUUAAUGACUUGGAGAGGAUCUGCAAAGAGGAGUGGGACAUAAUCCCUCCUGAGAUGUGUGCAAACUUGGUGGCCAACUACAAGAAACAUCUGACCUCUGUGAUUGCCAACAAGGGUUAUGCCACCAAGUACUAAGUCACAGGGGUCAAAUACUUAUUUCACUCAUUGACACGCAAAUCAAUUUAUAACUUUUUUGACAUGUGUUUUUCUGGAUUUUGUUUUUGUUAUUCUGUCUCUCACUGUUAAAAUACACCUACCAUUAAAAUUAUAGACUGAUCAUUUCUUUGUCAGUGGGCAAACGUUCAAAAGCAGCAGGGGAUCGAAUACUUUUUUCCCUCACUGUAGAUGAGGCUGGGCAUUUCUUUAUAAAGGUUUUUUAGUUCUUUUGAAGAUGCAUUAGUUUCUAAAUACUGAUAUUCUCUUCUCUUUUUUUUCUUUUCAGGGACUUGCUGCAUUAUCUCCCUGUGCACUUGUGUAGCAGGAAUAAAUUUUGAGCUUUCUCGCUACCCCCGCUCCGUAUAUGGAUUACCUGAAGACAUCAGCCAUGGCUACGGGUGGUCCAUGUUUUGUGCUUGGGGAGGCCUGGGACUGACCCUUCUGUCUGGGUUUCUUUGCACUCUGGCCCCAUCGCUCAGUGCUUCCCAGUCUGCUGUACACAAACCUCGACAAGAGAAUGGGGCAGUGUGAUCUAUGGGAGAAGAAAAGAAGUUGACCACCCCAUCAAUCCCAAGAGGGGGCAAAUUAAAAUAAACACUCACCAGACUGAGGCACUCGUGUCCUGUUGAGGAAGUUGUUCUGUUCAGCCUGUUUGUUUGGUCUUGUGAAAAAAAAAAUUGCAGAAGUUGGAACCUCGUGUUAGCCAGGUGACUUGUGCAACAGUACCGAUGGCACAUGAUGCUUGGCCAGGAGUGACUAUGGAACUCCAUUGGAAUUGUAACAAUCUCCAGAAGACAUUUAAGUUUAAAGCUCCUAGAUGAGAGAUGCCCACGCCCAAUAUUGUGGGGCAAGCAGGCAAUAAAAUCAGGAGUACACAAUUUUCUCCAAAAGUUGUCCCAUGUUGGUCUGCUAGACAAGCUUCUAAGCUUGUUUUACAAAGAAAGACUGAUGGGUGUGCAGCUGCAGCCAGUCAUUGGCACAAUGGUUCAGUAUUUGAGAAUUUUGUAUACAUAUUAUAUAAAUAUAUAUAUAUAUAUAUAGAAAGGCAGGUAACUGAUUUUUACAUGUUUUAAUACAGUCUAAAAAACCGCCUUACACAUCAUUAUACAAUUCCCUCUUCAGAAAAAGAAAAAAAAUCAGUGUCAACUCUACACUCUCCCCUCCCCUCCCCUCCCUGAGUUUAGUGCCUUGGCACACAGCAGGAGUCAGGUCAUCAUUAGACCCAGUCCAACCUCCUGCAGUGCCUCAUAGUAGGCAGUAGAAGCCUACCCAAGCUCAGGCUCCACCAGAUGUCCUUCAAAGAUCAGCAAGGUCGUUAAUGUGGGUUCCACCAGCUGUAUGUGGCCAUGGUCCCUUGAGGGAUGGGAGUUUGUGACGUACGGGUGGGAAGAGGGAAUUUUGUGGUUAGAGAGAACCUUUUUUUGAAGGUGAUGUCGUUGUACAUGUGGUUUCAUCACAUCUUAUAAAAGCACAUGAUUUUUUAAAUUAUUUGAAUUUAUUUAUUUUAGGGGCAGGGGAUGGAUUUGCAGAACAUAUUAAAAGUGCUGGUUUGUAUCCAUUUCAGGCACAGUAAUGUCCACUGGGAAACGGGUGCCAAUGAAAUGUUUAGAUCCAUGACUAGGGGUGAAAUAAACCAUACUGACUGACUGAGACUGACCUCUUUGUGUCUCAAGGGGCAUGAUCACAGCAGUCAUCAUGGACAAGCGGGAUAUUGAAUGUGGUGGUAUAUGUGGCCCAGUUAAAUCUAUUUACCUGUUUGUCCCUGCCCUAGUAACAGGGCUUAUAAUGUGACAGAAAGCUGAAUGUGUAGAACUCUAGAAUUAAAGCGAUUUUACCUUUCAUUUGUUUUUUUUAUUUAUUUAUUAAAUUUAACUUCAGAAAACUGCCUAUAGUCUGAUUUUGUACUACGUGGAAAGUGAAUUUGUGAAACUGUGGUCAGUGAAAAACUAUUUCACUUCUGCCUGGUGCAUUUGUUGUUCAAUGCAUAGAAAUUCACUCAAAUGACUUAAAGGGACACCCCAUGAAACCAAUAUGUAUGUUGGGUUUGUUUUAAUGCUAAUUUGUACUUGUUAAUUUUGCACCCCAAUCCCACCUUUUCAUUACACAGUGUUUCUAUUUUUGCCGGAUGUCACUUUACGGAAGGUUUCGUUCAUCAGAUCUCUACAGUUAACAAAAAAGGCUUUCAGUUUAACCACAACAACCAUAAACCUUUGUAACACCCUUAUAUGGGGUCUGUCACUGCUCUGGAAUUCACACCAUUGAAUAAAACUUUUAAAAUCACCUACAA